GGAGUCGAGUACGCAACUGCAUGUUCAAUCAGAGAAUAGUUAGCCUGGCCACCACCCUCCCGUGUCACCGAAGGCUUUCGAGCAACGACAAACGGAGUUAUUUUCGUCUCUAUUACUCAAGGCUUGUAUUGUGUGGUGUGUAUUUUACUAGAAAGCCCGAUAAACUGGUCAGAUAACGUUCGGUGAGCUCUUUAGUGUGUUUAACAGAAAAAACAAGGUGUAGUUUCCUUUCGUGGAUUGUGGGAGUGGCUGCACACGGCCCUUGGUUUCUAUUCCUGUGGUUUGAAGGGGAUAAAAUCUAACGGAUCCAAUAAGAUGGCAGACUGUGUCAGCAAGGUGGAGCUGAGUGUCUCCUGUGCUAACCUGCUGGAUAAAGAUGUGGGGUCAAAGUCUGAUCCUCUGUGUGUCCUGCUGGAGAGCACUGGAGGAGAUAAGUGGGCUGAGCUGGGCCGCACUGAGCGUCUGAAGAACAACUCCAGCCCGUCCUUCAGUCAGCGUCUCCGACUGGAUUAUCACUUUGAGAAAGUUCAGAACCUGAAGCUGGGUGUCUACGACAUCGACAACUCCAGCUCUGACCUUGGUGAUGAUGACUACCUGGGAGGGGUGGAGAUCACACUUGGGCAGAUAGUUUCCAGCAAAACUGUGACCAGACCUCUACAGCUGAAGAAGGGCAAACCUGCAGGGAAGGGAACCAUUACUAUCACAGCAGAGGAGAUAAAGGACAACAGAGCCAUUGAGUUGGAGUGGGAGGCUAAAAACCUUGACAAGAAGGAUACGUUUGGGAAGUCUGAUCCAUUCCUGGAGUUUUUUAGACAGGGAGAUGAUGGAAAAUGGCAGCUGGUCCACAGGACAGAGGUUGUGAAGAACAAUCUGAAUCCAACCUGGAAGAAGUUCACCAUCCCUCUGCAAACUUUCUGCUACAGCGACCUUGAAAGACCUCUGAAGGUGGAUUGUUCUGAUUACGACAGUGAUGGAUCUCAUGAUCUGAUUGGUUCUUUCACCACUAAAGUCUCCGAUAUGCAGAAAGCAGCACACGGCUCACCGGUGCAAUUUGACUGCAUCCAUCCCGAGAAACAGAAGAAGAAGAAGAGCUACAAGAACUCUGGAGUUGUCUCUGUCAAGAGCUGCAAGCUGAUCACUCAGUACACCUUCCUGGACUAUGUGAUGGGCGGCUGCCAGAUCAACUUCACCGUUGGGAUCGACUUCACUGGCUCUAAUGGUGAUCCUCGCUCACCCAACUCUCUCCACUAUAUGAGUCAAGAUGGGCUGAACCAGUACCUGUCUGCUCUGUGGUCUGUGGGCCAGGUCAUCCAGGACUAUGACACCGAUAAACUCUUCCCAGCGUUCGGUUUUGGAGCCAAAUUACCUCCAGACUACCAGGCAGCACACCACGAAUUUGCGCUGAAUUUCAACCCAACUAACCCUUACUGCCAAGGCAUCCAGGGGAUUGUUGAAGCCUACAGGAUGGUUUUGCCUCAGCUCAGGCUCUCUGGACCAACAAACUUCUCCCCCAUCAUCAACCACGUUGCCUCCAUUGCUGCCGGUGCCGCACAGGCUAAUGCUGCCGCUCAAUACUUUGUCCUGCUCAUCCUCACUGAUGGCGAGAUCACUGACUUUGACCAGACGAGGGACGCCAUCGUUCGGGCAUCAAGACUCCCCAUGUCAAUCAUUAUUGUGGGGGUAGGACCAGCUGACUUUAAGGCCAUGGAGCUUCUGGAUGGAGAUGACGGUGUGCUUAGGUCAACAGUUGGAGAAUCAGUCGCCAGAGACAUCGUCCAGUUCGUGCCGUACAGACAGUUUGCAGAUGCUUCUCAGGCUGCUCUGGCUCAGGCUGUGCUGGCCGAGGUUCCCAAUCAGGUGGUCUCUUAUUUUAAAAUGAGAGGGCUGGAACCACCAAAAUCUCAGGCUGCUGCUAAAUCCUAAAGCUAAAAAUCCUAAACAUUCCACAUUCCCCAAAACCGAAGGCCCACCCUCAUGUCAUUCCAACCCACCGCUAGACCACAUGCCCCUACUCGGCCUUCAGCCACCAAAGUUGACCACUCUUCAAGGACCAUGCUGAUGUGUUAGCCAAUUGCAGAACAGCACUCGACUAUUAGCCAAUCAGGAUGCCACAAGAAAACAUCCCAGUUUUGUUUACUCCAUUUAAGAAUCUCUUUGUUUCCAGAUCUUUGUCUUCUAUAGGUGGAAUGAUAAUCUUGUAAUAUAGAUUAUUUAUUCCUUCUGCUGCUUCCACAGUAUCUAUGCAGAUCACGUGUGUUUGUUAGCACAUGUUUGGAAAUCAAAGAGAGACACACACACACACACACACACACACACAGGGGAAAACGUGUUUUGUUCCACGUGUAUUCUAAAAGAAGAAGAAAGAUGUGAUCUCUAACAACUGUACAGAUGUUUGGGUUUUUUCAUUCAUUUCAAUAUAGUUUUAGCACAGCAGCCCCUAGUGGAUAUGAGUGGCACUGCAGCUGCUGGUUCCUCGGCUCUGUGUGUGUGUGUGUGGCUCUAAUUAGCUUUUUUGUUAAUGUGCCAAUACCUUGCACUUUGCUAUUAGACUAAAUGCUGGAAGAUUAUAUUACAAAUGAUAUAUAGCUUUACACCUACAGCCUUACUAUAGACUUUAAUUAUAGUUUAGCUUCUUUCUUGCUACUUGAGCCUGAAUGUUUCGGAUUGCUCUCUUAUACUGCUGGUUGCUAAUGCUGCCAUUUUGGCUCCCAGCACACAAGCUCCACUUUGCACAUUAUGUCAGUAAUGUUUGCAGGUUACAUAGUAAAUCUGAACAUCUGCAGUUCAACUGCAAUCAGUGAAUAUAAUUGAUUGAAAUAUAGUCGAGGUUGGAUAUUAAAGAAAAUAUAAUGUGAGCUUUAUAACGAAACAGUCGGUAUCAAACAUAAUGUGCAAAGUGAAGUGAAACAAAGUUUGGCACAUCGACUGUAAAGUGCCUUUUAGAAUAAACCUGAAUACUUUUCACACUUGAAUGAAUCCUGGGAGCCAAAAUGGCCACCUAUGCAGCACAGUGACAUCACUGCUCGCUGUCAUGCUCUCUUUAGAUCCUAUGCAAAUAAGAUGUUUUUGAAGUUGGGAAAAAAAUUGUUUCCAAAGCAAACACGAACACUUACAACAUGAAUUUGUAUUUAAGCUUGAACUCCAUAUCACAGCAACAUGUCCAGGCUUUGUGAAGGAUUAAUGCCAAGGAAAACACGAGAUGGAAAAGUAAGCAAUUAAUAAUCAGACUAAGCUUUUAUGUAACUGAAACGCAGUGAAGUCAUAAAACAGCCGGCAUUGUAGACACUUUAAGAAGCCUCGAUAUAAACAUGACUCCUUCAGCCUGGGGUGCUGGCAUUUAAAACGUGUCAAAAUAUGUUUACAGCAUAGUCACAUUUAAUUUUGUUAUAAAAUACACUGUUACCACAGCUUCAACUGUAAAGACUUCUAAACAAUUAUUAGAUGUUGUGCCUUUUUUUUUUUUUUUUUUUUUAAAGAUUAGCUAGAGAAAAUGCAGGAAAGGAAGGAGGAAAAAUGGGAAACACAAAGAAGUGCUCGGUUAAACUGAAACCCUUGACUUUGUGGUCAGUGUCUUGACCUCCAAACUCAUGGGGUGGCAAGAUUUAGCUUUUGUACUCAUGUCACAUCACCACUUUUGCGCAAGAUGUUGAUUUAAAAACAAAAAGUGACAGUUGUUAAUCAACGUUCGAUUCUCACAGCGAAUUUUAGGUCAAAUUUUUGUACUCUGUAUUGAUUGUAUUUUUAUUUCAACUUGAGCCAAGAUUUGUUGUUUCAGUCUCAUGAAAGAACGCAAGCGCUGGUUUGAUUUUCUUCAAUUAAAACCCUGAUAGAUCAGAUCUCCAGGGGAAAAAAGGUCAGGUGAUCAAACAUGUUGUUUUAUCUAUUUUUAAUUGAAACAGUAUUUCACCAUGAAUAUGGGUAAUAGAAAGCCACCUCCUCUGCACAGCGUCCUGAUAGACUCGCAGGAAGUGAAUCCUCUGCUAAUUUUGUCACAGAAGUUCAGAGAUCAGCUGAAUGGGAUAAACUGAUUCUUGAUAAAAGACCAUCUCUCUUGUUUUGCUUUACUGUUUGCCAAAAUCCUUUUCCUUGCAGAACUUAUUAUAAUUAUCACAGCAGCGCACACAACUUUUGUAUUAACAGCUGUGAUCAGUUCAACAGAAGGAUCAGUUUCAUUUAAAUACACUUUAAACCACUGCAAAGUUUGUUUGUUUUUUAAGUUCCACGUCUUGGACAAAAUUUGGGAGAAAAGUCUGUUUUUAUUUUGUUUGUUUGUUUGUUUUUUUUAAAUUUCUUUUCUGCUCUAUGCCAACUUUUAGGUUGGGAGCUGCUGGUUUAUUUCUGCUGUGGCAAAAGGGUUAGGGUUAGUCUUAGAAACAGGCCUGCAGUAUUUGAAUUUUCUGCAAACAGAAAAUUCUAAAUUUGUUGUAGAAAAAGAUAAUUAAAUCUAUUAUUGUUCUGAUUUUAUUUUAGUUGUUUUGGGGUUGUUUUUUUGUGCCAAACAUUAGUAGAUUCAGUAGAAAGUUUGUUUCUUUGAGGUUGUUUUUCACCUUCACCCUGACCUGGUGCUUCUAAAGGAAGGGAAACUUCUGUUUUCACAUGUUGAAUACUGAAAUAUAUUUUUGUUCUAGUAAAACAUAUUUUAGGAGACCAUGAUUAAUCACAUUGAUUGCUCACAUGAUGCUGCCAUCUCACAAACCCACAGUAGCAACAAAUUAAGCUUAAGAUUAGGUAUUAACAAUAAUAAUAAUAAAGCACUGCAUCUCCCAUAAUAUUCCCACAGUGCUGCAGGCUGUGAUUAGAAUAGUUUGUAGAGCCACAGCGUAAUGUGACUAGCAGCUCCACUGCUCGUUCGGCUAACUACUAUUGACUUACCUGUGUAACUAAACCAGUAUAACCAAUAAUAAACCUGUCUGUGAAGAAUGCUUGUCUCAAGGCGGUAAUAAAAACUGGGAAAAGGAAAA